AUGUCUGAAAAGAGAUCAUCAUUGAAGCAUUAUUUGAUAAUAGCAGGUGUGCCAGCAACAAUUUGUGGGGUUAUAGUGAUCUCAAUUCUGAUUAUAUAUUCUUACAAAAGAAAAUCAAAGAUAAGUUGGGAGAAGGGCAAAAGUGACCAGUUUGAUGUUGAGGAAUUUAUAAAGAGUAAUUAUGCAUUUACCCUUACCCCAAAGCGGUGUACUUAUGCAAGUGUGAAGAGAAUGUCGAACUCAUUUGCUGAAAAAAUUGGUGAAGGAGGCUUUAGUAUUGUUUACAAAGGACAGUUAUCGAAUGGCACAGCUGUGGCAAUAAAAGUGCUAAAGCAGGCUAAAGGUAAUGGAGAAGACUUCAUUAAUGAAGUUGCAAGCAUUGGAACAACUUUGCAUAAAAAUAUAGUCAUGCUUCUAAAAUAUUGUUAUGAAGGGAAUAAUAGGGCCUUGAUCUACGAGUACAUGCCUAGAGGAUCAUUGGAUAAGUUUAUUUUUAAUCAAGGAUCAUUAAAUACUAAUAACAAUAUCAACAUCACUCGCCUAGAAUGGAAAACGCUUUAUCAGAUUGCAAUUGGAAUUGCUCGAGGACUAGAUUACUUGCAUCAAGAUUGUACCUCAAGUAUUUUACAUUUUGACAUAAAACCUCAUAACAUUCUUCUAGAUUUUGACUUUUGUCCUAAAAUUUCUGACUUUGGCCUUGCUAAGUUGUGCAAAAGAGAUGGGAGUAGUUUGUCUCUAUUGAAUGGUAGAGGCACAGCUGGAUAUACAGCACCAGAAAUGUAUAGCAGGAAUUUUGGUGAAGUAUCUUACAAGUCUGAUGUAUAUAGUUAUGGAAUGAUGGUUCUAGAAAUGGUGGGAGGAAGAAGGAAUAUUGAUGCAGGUGUUUCUCGAACAAGUAAAAUAUAUUAUCCAUAUUGGGUGCAUAAGCAUGUUGAUGAUGAUGAUGGUGAGUACUUGAAAAAUAUCUGUGAAGAAAUGGUGAAUGAAGAUGAUGAAAUGUUGGCAAGAAAGAUGAUUAUUGUGAGCUUAUGGUGCAUUCAAGCUAUGCCAUCUAAUCGCCCGUCCAUGUCUGAGGUGGUAAGUAUGAUGGAAGGGAGUUUACAAUCUUUGCAAAUGCCACCAAAACCGACCUUGUCGUUGCAAAAUGAGUAAUUUUUCUAAAGACUAGCUAGUCAAACAUAUCAUUUUCAAUAGCUAAAGGUUUAAAUUGACAUUGGUUAAGAAAAAAUAUAUGAAAUUGUACUAGAAUGAAAUAUAGUAUGUAUUUUGAAAUACAUAAAUUUGGAACAUACAAUUGAUAUACUUUUGUUUAUUGUAA